GCAAUCCGCCUGGAGCCUCUUGUCUCUCUCAGGCUCCCGUCCACCCACCCCUUCUCUGCGUCCUCAUUGGCGGCAGCCUGCGCCCGGGGCGGGAGAAGAGGGAGCCAGUGGGCGGGGCCUCGUGGCGUCAGCGCAAGAUGGCGGCCUCGGCGGCGCUGUUCUCGCGUUUGCGGAGCGGACUCGGGCUCGGCGCGCGGGGGCUGUGCACGAGGCUGGCGACGCCGCCCCCCCGAGCCCCAGACCAGGCUGCAGAGAUUGGAAGCCAUGGGAGCACUAAAGCCCAGGGGCCACAGCAGCAGCCAGGCUCAGAAGGUCCCAGCUAUGCCAAAAAAGUUGCACUUUGGCUUGCUGGUUUGCUUGGAGCUGGUGGGACUGUGAGCAUCAUCUAUAUUUUCGGAAACAACCCUGUGGAUGAAAACGGUGCCAAGAUUCCUGAUGAGUUCGACAAUGAUCCAAUUCUGGUCCAGCAGUUACGUCGGACAUACAAAUAUUUCAAAGAUUAUAGACAGAUGAUCAUUGAGCCCACCAGCCCCUGCCUUCUUCCAGACCCUCUGCGGGAGCCAUACUACCAGCCGCCCUACACACUUGUCUUGGAGCUCACUGGUGUCCUCUUGCACCCUGAGUGGUCGCUGGCUACUGGCUGGAGGUUCAAGAAGCGGCCAGGCAUUGAGACCUUGUUCCAGCAGCUUGCACCUCUGUACGAAAUUGUCAUCUUCACGUCAGAGACUGGCAUGACUGCGUUUCCACUCAUCGACAGUGUGGACCCCCAUGGCUUCAUCUCCUACCGCCUCUUCCGGGAUGCCACAAGAUACAUGGAUGGACACCAUGUCAAGGACAUUUCGUGUCUGAAUCGGGACCCGGCCCGAGUGGUGGUUGUGGACUGCAAGAAGGAAGCCUUCCGCCUGCAGCCCUACAAUGGUGUCGCCCUGCGGCCCUGGGACGGCAACUCGGACGACCGGGUCUUGUUGGACCUGUCUGCCUUCCUUAAGACCAUCGCUCUGAACCAAGUGGAGGACGUGCGGACCGUGCUGGAGCACUACGCCCUGGAGGAUGACCCGCUGGAGGCUUUCAAGCAGCGGCAGAGCCAGCUCGAGCAGGAGGAACAGCAGCGCCUGGCUGAGCUCGCCAAGUCCAACAAGCAGAAACUCUUCCUCGGCUCUCUCACCAGCCGCUUGUGGCCUCGCUCCAAACAGCCCUGAUGCUCUGGGCCUCCUCAAACUCACUGCCUGGGUUCAGGGCCUCAGGCCCCAGUGCUCCCAGACCAAGGCUUGGGCAGCCACAUGUCCAAUAAAGUGCAUCCCAGAUGGCACAACUCCUGUGUCCGGAGAGUCUCCAGAUGGGGCAUCAGGGUGAGGUCCGGGACUUGGGUCAUCAUGCCACAGUGGCCAGCUGACUGCCGAACAGAGCAGAGGCUCUGUAGGAUCAGGGCCAGUUUGGGCCUGGCUGUCUGGAAACCCGGGUCUCUGCUCGGCUGUCUUCCCAUGUGCUGUUUGAUCUGCAAAAAGUGCACCUCUCUGGCUCCAGAUUCCUCGCAUGUGGAGAAAAGCAGAGGAUGGGGGUUAAACACAGGUAGCUCCCGUGGAAAUAAAGCCAAGUUGAGCCCUGGUGGUCUAGAGA